UGAUCAUUCUUCAUUGCUCACGUACCUGUCCUCAGCGUAUUUAUUGUGACGACAAUAUUCCAAAGUUUUUACAAGUUAUUACGAAUCGUGUACCACUUUUUCAACAUGGACGUUUUUAAGGCAGGGCCCCCUGGAGUCACGAUCAUUACUCGAAAACAAUUUUACGACAUUAUGCAAGGGUAUACCAAUAACGACAUUAACAAAAAUUGGACUAUGCUGAAUCUUUUUUUUUUGAAUUCUCAAAAUUAUUCAGAAGAACAACGAAAAACGAAAAGAAGUUAUACAUAAAUUGUCAAAUCUAAAAUCAGAAAUAAAACGUAGAUAGAUUGCCGUACAUAACAUAG